AUGUGUGGGAAGAAACAAUUUAAUUUAAAUACUUUUUCACCAAAUGAUGCAAUGAGUUACAGUUUUAACUCUGAUAUAUGGAGUUUAGGAGUAGUUAUCAUUCAAACUGUUUCUUACUAUCCUUUUGAAAAAUUCCAACAAUUACCUGAGACAUUUGCUCAAGGAAUGGUAGAAGAUGACAAAUGUUUUAGUGAAUAUCUUGAAGAUUAUUUUCAAUUAAGAGCCAGAUUAAAUUAUGCUAGUAAGGGACAUGAUUUAGAAAAACUUCUAAAUGAUCAUAUUCUUGUUCAACAUGAAAAUGAGCGUUUGUCUGCCCUUUUACUGAGAGAUUUCCUUAUACAAAACAGUUGGUGUGAUAAAGAUUUAACUGUUGAUAAGGAGAAAAUUGUAAAAAAUUUAAUAGAAGUUGUGGAUGUGACUAACAAACAUAAACUUGGGUCUUUUGGUCCUAAUUUUGAAGUUUUCUUAUCUCCUUAUGACAAAUAUACUAAGUAUCAAGUCAAUGGAAAUCAUUUUGAUUUAUCUGGAACUAAAUUAAAAAUAAAGAUAGUCUUUCAAAGUUACAAUAUUUUGACGUGUACUAUAACAUGUAACGAUGAUACUGCUAUAUGGAGAAUACUAUUUCAAGCCAAAGAAAAGGAUAUUUUUUCUAUUAUUGAUGUUCUGAGAAUCUUUAUUUCCAUACAAGGAAAUGUUAAAAGUGUUAUCUCUAAGCUUAGAAAUAGCAACGAGUUGAAAGAAGUUGUAUCUUGUUCAUCUAAGGUAAAAAUUGACAGUCAGGAGGAUGUUGUUAUCGAAGUAUCUAAUUAA